AUAGGCCGAAACUCAAAGAAAGACAUUCAAAAGAAAUAAGUAUAGCAACUUUUUGAUCAUGUGUUGUGAUUGAGCCAUUUAAGAAAGAGUAAUGAUUGAUAUUUACACGUAGGAUUGCAUUGCUAUUUGUGUGUGAUUAGUGGGAGAAACUUUAAGUGGAAGAAAGUUCGAUGUACUUGCUCUAUAAAAUUCCCCCCAUACAAAAUUGUGAUUCCAUUCAAAAUGCAUAAUAUAACUGCAUUUGCAUUGAAGAAAAAGGAAAGUGUGAGGGGUGAGGCUCUUUCUCUGCGCCAAUUAAGUUUGAAACUCAAAAGUGUUGUCGGCUAGCUAGCUACUGCCUACUUGAUGGAGACCAGCACACUUAUUCAUGUUAUUGCCAUUUUUAUUCUCUUACUUGAUGUCGCCAAUGCAAACUCUGAAGGUGAUGCCCUGUACGCGUUCAGAAGAGCUGUGAAAGACCCAAAUAACGUUCUACAGAGUUGGGACCCCACUUUGGUGGAUCCUUGUACAUGGUUUCAUGUUACCUGUGACCAUGAUAACCGGGUUACUAGACUAGACCUUGGACAUGCAAAACUGUCAGGCCAUUUGGUUCCUGAGCUAGGGAACCUCCACCGCCUUCAGUUUCUAGAAUUGUACAAGAAUGAAUUGGUUGGUCCAAUACCAAAGGAACUUGGAAACCUGAAAAGCCUGAUUAGUUUAGGUCUUUACCACAACAACCUCACUCACUCCAUCCCUUCCACCCUCUCCAGCCUCUCUAAUAUCAAAUUCUUGCGACUCAACAACAACAAGCUGACAGGAAGAAUACCAAGGGAACUCACUAAACUAACUAACCUCAAAAUCCUAGACCUGUCAAACAAUGAUCUCUGUGGCAUCUUCCCAACAUACGGAUCCUUCUCCAACUUCUCUCAACAAAGUUUCAAGAACAACCCAAGACUUACAGGUCCAGAGUUAAUGGGGUUCGUCAGAUAUGAUAUUGGAGGGAGCUGCAAAUGAAAGAAUAUUGCCAAUUUAGGAAAUGUCUAUUUUCCUUUUAUUCACUUAUUUUUCUCUAAAUUACAACCAUUAUGUGAUGGUGUCUAGAUCUUCAGAGCUAGUACGGAUGAUUUUGGAUGUCUAUUUGUAUUAUCGAUUGAUAUAUGUAAUAAUGAAAAUAAUCAUGUUUGGGUACUUA